AUGAAGCCGUCGACGGCUGACUUAGUCGAGACAAUGACCGACUUGGCCAGCGCAGCCUACGGAGCCCGCGUGCUGUUCGCCACGGACGAGUGGUUCGCGCCUGCGAGUCGCCUGCUGCUUCCAGAGCCGCCAGUGGACAUCGCCGACAGGUUCACGAGUUUCGGCAAGUGGAUGGACGGCUGGGAGUCGCGACGCAAGCGGACGAGCGGUCACGACUGGUGUGUGCUGGCGCUGGGCAUGCGCGGCACAGUGGACGUCGUGGACGUGGACACGGCGUUCUUCACUGGUAAUUACGCGCCGCGCGUUUCGAUUCAGGCGGCGGACUUGGCACAGGGCGGCGGUGCCGGUGCCGACAGUGCGCUGCGAGUUCUUACGGCCAAAGCUCUGGAAGACCGCGCGAUGGGUGUGAGUGCCACGUUGGAGGACCUCAAGCUGGUUGAACAGCUCCAGUCGACGAAAUGGACUGAGAUCGUGCCAAUUACAAAGCUCGGAGCCGGAUAUCCUGAAACUCGCCACAAUCUGCUGCGGGUGUCGCCGACCAAAAGAGGUCCCUGGACGCACAUUCGACUCAACGUGUUUCCCGAUGGAGGGAUCGCACGGCUGCGUGUGUUGGGCGAGGUGGUGAGAAAUUGGAAGCUGGUCUCGAGCUCUGAAAAGCUGGAUCUGGUGAGUAUUGAGAACGGGGGCCAGGUGAUCGGGUUCAAUGAUGCCCAUUAUGGCCACCCCCGCAAUCUGACUGCACCAGGACGAAGCAAGACGAUGGCUGGAGGAUGGGAAACUGCCCGCAAGGUGACACGACCUGCGAUUUUGAAGGUGGAUGCGAGCAGUGGGCUAUUGGAAGUUCCUGGCAAAGACUGGGCCGUGCUCAAACUGGGGCAUUUGGGCGUCAUCCAGCAGGUCGAGGUGGACACGAACCAUUUCAAGGGCAACUUUCCCGAGAGCUGCGUGGUGUAUGGCACGCGAUACUAUGGUGACGAUGCUGCGAAUGAGUUGAUGAAGGAUGACGGAGUGAUCAAGUGGGAAGUGGUGCUGCCUCGCGUAAAGCUGGAGGCACACAAGCGUCACUACUAUUCCGUCGUCGAAGGAAACGUGCACGUAAUCUCAGCUGGGGUCAAUUAUGUUAAGCUCGAGAUGUUCCCCGAUGGCGGAAUCAGUCGUCUUCGCCUGAUAGGGGUCAAGAAGGACGCUGAUGCUCGCCUGUGA